AUGGAUCUGAGCAGUUUUCAAGUGUUACAAGCCCCUCCGACUGUCUACUACAUUCCAAAUUUUGUAACACCUGAAGAGGAGGCCCACAUUUUGAAAAAUGUGUAUUCAGUGCCCAAACCAAAGUGGACGUGUUUGUCCAAACGAAGACUGCAAGACUACGGGGGCGUGCCCCACGAGAAAGGCAUGAUUCCGGAAGCAAUACCAAACUGGUUGACGAAAUACAUGGAAAAAGUCGCUCAAUUGAACGUUUUUGAGGGAAACAAACCGAAUCAAGUAUUAAUCAACGAAUAUCUUCCCGGCCAAGGCAUAAUGCCACACACUGAUGGGCCACUGUUUUAUCCCACUAUUGCCACCAUUUCGUGUGGCUCUCAUACAGUAUUAGAGUUUUUAGAAAAUAACGAAAGUCGUGCUAAAGUUUGCCAAUUACUUCUCGAAAGGUGUAGUCUAGUUGUAAUUAAAGACGACAUGUACGCUAAAUACCUCCAUUCCAUUAGAGAAAUUGAAACUGAUGUUAUUGAUGAAGGCUGUGCAAAUUUACUAAAUUGUGAGAAACAAUACGCCAUUGGCGAUAAAGUCAAAAGAGACACGAGAGUUUCUCUAACCAUUAGAAAUGUGACUAAGGUGCUUAAAAUAAAACUAUUCAAAUAAU